UGGGAGGGACUUGAGGUGGUACUAAAGUGGGAUGUUGCUGUCAUGCCGCGACACUUUUUUUUUUUUUGGUUUUGUUUCAUUGAGGACACCGGAGCAGCCUCUGCAUCUCAUCGAGGCAGGGCAGGGAAAGUGGAUUUAGUGACGUGCACGCGGUGUGCUGGAGAUUCAUCCAUAUCAAUGAGGACACCUGGCAUGGCGCUUUUCAAGCAGCAGGCAAUGGAGGACUUCUAUGACAUAGGGGAGGAAUUGGGAAGCGGUCAGUUUGCCGUGGUCAGGCGUUGCAGGGAGAAGAGCACGGGCCUCGAGUAUGCCGCCAAAUUCGUGAAGAAACGCCAGAGUCGGGCCAGCAGACGCGGGGUGAGGCGCGAGGAGAUCGAGAGGGAGGUGGACAUCCUGCAGCAGCUCCAGCAUCCCAACGUGGUGACCCUUCACGACGUCUACGAGAACCGCACGGACGUGGUACUCGUCCUUGAGCUCGUUUCUGGCGGAGAGCUGUUCGAUUUCCUGGCUCGGAAGGAGUCGCUUUGCGAAGAGGAGGCCACUCAGUUUAUCAAACAGAUUCUGGAUGGAGUCCAGUACCUCCACUCCAAGAGGAUCGCACACUUUGACCUAAAGCCUGAAAACAUCAUGCUACUGGACAGGAACGUUCCUCUUCCCCGCAUCAAAGUCAUUGACUUCGGAUUAGCGCACAAGAUUGAAGCCGGAGCGGAUUUUAAAAACAUUUUUGGAACCCCUGAGUUUGUUGCUCCAGAGAUAGUCAACUAUGAGCCGCUGGGGUUGGAGGCAGACAUGUGGAGCAUCGGAGUCAUCACGUAUAUACUCUUGAGCGGCGCGUCGCCGUUCCUCGGCGAAACAAAGCAGGAAACGUUAGGGAACAUCUCAGCCAUGAGCUACGACUUUGACGAGGAGUUCUUUAGCAAGACAAGCGAGCUGGCCAAAAGCUUCAUCAGAGAGCUGCUGGUGAAAGACACGAGGAAACGGAUGAACAUACAAGACGCCCUCAAUCACCCUUGGAUUAAGCCUCACAAUACUCGACAAGCUAUGGUCAAGCGGUUGUCAGUGGUCAACUUGGAGAACUUCAAGAGGCAGUACGCCAGGCGCAGGUGGAAGCUCUCUUUCAGGAUUGUCGCUCUGUGCAACCACUUAACACGGAUCAUGAAGAAAGGGCACAAAGUGUCAGUGGAGGAUGGGCGGGACUGCGAAAGUGACCAGGAAGAAGAAAUGGAAAUCUUGAAGAGGCGCCCCAGGACCAGAAAGAGAAGCAGCACUUCCUGAAUGAAGCAUUUUAAAACAUCGGUCCGUCCUCAACAUUCCUGUUGCGAGAUGCUCACUCUGCACAAAUGCAUGCAGGCCACAAACAUGCCCGUCCCCCCCACCCCCCCCACCCCCCACAUACACACACACACACACAAGCGCAAUGCAGCUGUUCCUCCUCCUCAAGAACUAUCUAUCAAUCUAUUUGAACGGAUGGAUUGAGAUGCUUCAUUCGUCCCUGCGAUCCAACUUCCCCAUGUAAUCUGCUGGCAUCUUUUUCACAUCAUUUUCAAAUGACAAGCGAUUUUAAUUCUCGACACAGCCGGAUUGUUGUUGACAGGAACUGAUGAGACCGUGUUACUUCACAUCGUCAUCACAGGAUGUAGACAACCACCGCUAAUAACACGCAGUCUUAAAAACAUCCUUACGACAGAGGAAUUCGCUUUGUUUUUGUCGGGCGUGGUUCCAUUGACACUUUAUUGGGUAUUGAGCCAUAUUUGCUCAUUUUUUUAAGUAUGGGUUCAAAAUGGACCUUUAAUGCCUUACAAUGAGGCAAUCAAAUCAGUAGGUUCUUCCCAUGAAGGAAGAAAAAAGUGUUCAGAAAAGGAUGAAAUAUGACUGUGAGACUCAUGUAAUACUAAUGUGCCAUUAUAAAUACACAGAAUAUUCUGUAUAGUCUUGUUUAUAAAGUUUUAGUGUUGAAAUGUUGAUUAUUCAAGUAUUUCUGUGAACAGUGGUGGUGAUGAUUAUUGAUCACUUAAUUUGCUUAUGGCAAUCUAACAUAAGUGUAUGAAUACAGUAUAUACUUAUGUAAAAUACUUUUCACAUUGCAAGCUCAUAAUGCUAUUUUUGUUUUUAUAGUGUAAAUAUGAAUACCAGCAAAACGUCUUACCUGUUUUAAACAAACGUUGCUGUUUGCUUUGUUUAUUUCUAUGUACUGUUCAUUGAAAUGUUGUUCAGUAAACUCCUCGACAUUGUUGUGAGUGUAUGUGAUAUCGUUUGCUAACAUCAUUAAUGUCUUAUAAGUGAUACAUGCUUGAUGAAAGGUGGAAUGUGAAUUCAACGAGAAAUGGACUGAAAAGUUUUUUCUCCAAACAGCAUUAAACACUUAAAAUGCCACGGGAUUCUAGGUG